GCCGCUGCAUAGCAGAAUUUUGUCCUCUGCUGGUGUCAAAGUGUCCGAAAAAUGAGUUACAGAAAGUUGACAAGACCUUCUUCCGGUCGGAGAAGUAUAAGACAGGAAACGUUUUCUCCGUUUGUGAGUUGCAGUCGUCUUCGGCUGGUGCAGUCAAUCCUUACCGACGGGGAGGAUGGUCCGGAUGCAGUCUUGGGAAUAUCAGGCAUUGACAGCAGAUACCACGAAGGAAGUGGCGAGUUCAUCAACUAUCUCCUGUUUGACUUGUUCCAAUCGAGGAAGAGUGAGAUUGAGAAGUCGGGCUAUGAUGAGGAAGUCAUCGAUGACCUGAUGUUGUUGGUGAAGAAAGGGAGUGUUCACGUCUAUUGUAACCCAGUCAACUAUCUAUUCCUUCUACCUUAUAUUGGCAGCUGGCCAAACCUCCGCAUCCACUGCCUCAAUGAAGAUGAUUACGCAGACGAAGAGAGCGCCGAAGAAUUUAAGAUCAAGAGCUUUAUCGCGAUGGUUGGAGACUGCAAGAGAGUAGGUGUGUCAUUCAGCAGUACUUGUCACAGCUAUCCGUUUGACAAGAUGGCCAUUGAGAAGUGGCCGAUAAUACAAGCCUAUGCGUUGGAUGAAUAUGGGGAGCUUGGGUUCUUCACGCUCCAGCAUGAAACCAUUGAUGUGAGUGAGCAGUUGAAGCGGAUCUACAGCAUUGUGGACCCCGUCACUGUUGAAGGGCUAGUAACAGAGCAUUUGCCACUAUUCGAACGGCAGUUCAACACGAUGAUGAAUACAAUGGAUAAUGAGGGCGCUACAGGCAUGGUCAAUAUGACAGAGAAAAGGGCUUGUGAGCCAUUGAAAAGCUACUUUAGCCACGGCCGAGUCGGGCAGGAUAAGAAGGUCAGCCGGUACCCGUUUGUGCUUUUCGGCACGGACACGAGAAGGCGGCCUCUGAAAGCUGCUGCUUCUACUGGGCUGAUCAGUGAAGUGAAUACACCUCAAGAGACUGGAAUCAGAGGGAAACUAGCCAGCCACAUGAUUUGCCAGUCUGUCUCUCCCCGUGGACCUCUCAGCUGCACAAGGACUUACUUCCUUCAGAGUGGACAUAACCCCUAUCCAGUGACAGAGAAGAUGAGACAGCCACAAGAUCAUCACAAGGACACUAAGUUGUUGACUAUCCUCUACACGAUGGCGGUCGAUGCCCUUCUCUCAGGCCUUGAUGUUUACGCUGCUUCCUUCAGUCAGACACAGGCGGAGCGACACGUGUUGAACCAUCUCCAGACAGCGGCAGAAGCUCACAAGCUGCAACUCGGCAAGAACUUCAUCACAAACAGCAAUAAUGUUGAGUUCAGGAUAGAAGCAUUUGACAACCUGGGCAGUCCCAUUCCCCUGAAAGAUGGAGAGCGUGUCCCCAUGGUGAAGAGCGCCACUAUAUCCAUCUAUGACGUGCCGAGUACAGAGCACUCGGGUCAAACUCUCGGCUCGAUCAUGUUUGCUGAGUCAUUCUUAGAGUCCAACAUCCAAGUGCUCAACAAAGACGGCUCGUUGUCUUGUGAUGCCAGUCUGACCGUUCUCACGCAUCAUGUGCCUCAUCACGCCACAUGGAUGAUGGAGAAAUCUGAUGUUGAGAUGAAGGCUGAUAUCAACUCAUUCCUGUCUGAACCGACCGGUGAGACGUUUGGCCACCUAUUGAUGAAUGGAGACACUGCUGAUCUGGUCCGAGCGGAUUCAACCGCAACAAAACAAGAAGGAUCUCUGUAUGCCUUUGAUGGCGGCCUCAUAUUCAACCUCGUCCACGGCGAUACUGUUGUCAUCCCUCAUAAUGAGAUUAAAGAUGUGCAGUUCUAUGACGGGGACUCUCCGAGUAACGUGAUCCUAAUGAUAGUGAACUACGAGGUGACAUUGCGAGCGUACCUACCUGACUGGCUGCUGCUGCCUACCAACAGACUGGUCAUCACGAUGAGCCCCAAGUCAAAGGCAUCCAAAGCAUUUUACUCAGAGGUGUUGCCAUUGUGGAGGAAGGAGGACCAGAAAAUCUCGCUCAAGCACCUGGAGAAGUUAGACACAGAUGUGGAAUCUCUCUAUGCAUUUCUGCAGCUUCAUCACUCGAUGUCGUCCCACCAUCCGUUAUCAACUAGUCCGUUGAAGAAAGUGAGCGGAUUAUUACCUGACUUUAUGGAGUUCCUUGGGCAUUUCCUGGUGAGUAGUGUGGGAAGAGUCCCUGUUGAUGCGAGUGACCUGCCGGUACUGCUUCAACAACCAGCAGAGAUACACGAAGAUAAAGAUGCAGAUGAGAUUGUGGUGACUAUAGUUAGUGGUAUUCCUGGCAGCUACAAGGAGAGUCUGUGCAAUGUACUCACCAAUAUGAUCAAGGAUGAAAGCAGGUGGCUAGUUUUCCGGCAGCCAAUUGAAAACACCGAUGCAUUUAACGCCGAAUCCCUCCAAAACUCACUUGCCGUAGCCCUCCAGGCUCAGAAGAGAAAACGUCCCGGUGUCGGUCGCAAACAGCUCAGAACACUAGUCUGUACCCCUGGAUUCACUAACGUCCUCGAGGUCGUCCAAGCAAUCAUGUGCCAUCCUAACCAUGAGGUCGCUGAACAUUUGAAAAUUGGUGCUGUGACCGUCUGCGUGGAUCCUCUCAAUGUUUACAUGACUGACAGGUUUACUUUUCCAAAACUCCUCGACCAAUGCUCACAAGGCUUCGUCAACAACGUCAUGUUCACCAGCUCCACAGAUGCCAAGAACCGUGACCUUGCCUCCAUCCAAGAACUCAUCCGUGCUACCAACUCAGAUGUUGCCUUCCUUCUGGCGAAUAAGGGCGAGAGUCUCAGAUCCCAAGAUGUUGAUCUCGUCCUUUCUGAGUCUGCGUUCACAUCGAGUAACAUGAGCCGAUCACGCCACCUUCUGUGUCCAGGAUGGUCGUCCCUGCUCACCACCUCGCAGCCCGAUACUCCCAGGAUGGAGAUGGUCUGUCUCCAGUUUGCUCUUCCCUUAGAACGGUCCAGGCUAGUCUCAAGGUUGAAAGGUCUAAAGAGUUCCUUGUGCAAGUUCCCCUUCAUCGGCAAUGUCUACUUCAUCAAGGGAAAAGUCAGGUUUACUGGUAACCCGAAGAUGUUUGAAAUUGACUACUGUACCAACACAGGCAUUUUCCGCAGCACUCCGACAGACAUGCAGCCAACUCCACCCUCAGCUCCAGGUAGCAAUGGACCAUCGAGGUUGAAUGGUCAUCAGCAUUGUGUCGUCUUCACUGGUUGUGGGCUCGAUGAGAACAAGAUGAGAGACUGGCUCAGGUCUUGUGGCAAACAGAAACCUACCUCAAAGGAGAGGAGAACCAAACAGAAUCUGACCAAUGAAGAAAAGAUGAAAAUACAUGCUGAGCACCACCUGGACACCCUUCCAGAAGGCUGGUUCUAUAACGGCACACAGUUCGUCAGUUUGGAAGGAGACCGCAGCGACCUACAUCCCAACCUGGACGCAUUCAUCUCGGAAUUCCUGGCAGUGAAGAACAGAGCUAUUGAUUCGUACAAUCAGAGGAUCGAGGCUGAGGAGUACCCCGAUAUGUUUGCUUGA